AUGACAAACGCAACACUGACCCUCCCAAUAUUGGUAUCCGCUCCAGGGAAACUGAUCUUAUUUGGAGAACACUCUGUCGUCUACGAUAAACCGGCCAUUGCUGCAAGUUUGGCCUCCCUAAGGACUUAUUUAUUGGUCACUGAGGCAAAUGAUCCCAAUUCCAUAGAAUUAAACUUCCCUGAUAUCAACUUUCAUCAUAAAUGGACAACAACUGACUUUGAAAAGAUCCCUCAUGAUUCAUCCGCUACUGUUGACCAGAUGGAGCAAAUACUGAACCCAGAUACCGUUUCUCCACUCUCGAAGACUCUAAUCAAAAAUAUAACUCCAUUACUGUCUGCUUUACAUAGGGAUACCAUCCAUUAUAACGCUGCUUUCUCGUUCUUAUACCUAUACCUUUCCCUUUGUCCGCAUCAAAGAGGUUUAAAUUUCACUAUCAAAUCAACAUCCCCCAUCGGUGCAGGUCUGGGGUCCUCAGCAUCCAUCUCCGUCAUCCUAGUCACUUCCAUGUUACUAUGUCAGGGCGUCCCCUUCAACAAGGAAUUAAUCAAUUCUUGGUCAUUCAUUGGUGAGAAGUGUCUUCAUGGAGACCCCUCUGGGAUAGACAAUCUGGUCUCCACAUACGGUGGUGCCGUAUACUUCAAAAGAUCCGAUCCAACACCAAUCAUUUUGCAACAGUUCCCCUCGAUACCUAUGGUCUUGACAUACACCAAGAUUCCUAGAUCUACGAGUACCCUAGUUGGUGGCGUGAGAGAGUUACAUGACAAGGAGACGAAAUUAUGUGAUUUGUUGUUGGAUUCCAUGGGGUGUGUCACUGAGAGAGCCAUGGAUAUCCUGAACCAUUAUGAUUCCUCUGGGGCAAAUGAUAACUGUCAUGAUUCCCUGUUGGAACUGGUGAGGAUUAACCACGGAUUGCUAGUUUCAUUGGGGGUGUCUCAUCCGGGUUUGGAACAAGUGAGGAUCGUCAGUGAUGAAUUACGCAUUGGGGAGACUAAGUUGACAGGUGCAGGAGGGGGUGGAUGUGCAAUGACUAUCUUGAAGAAGGAUAUAGAUCAAGAUAUAUUGAAGGCAUUCACGGAUACUAUACGGGAUAAGUUACAAUAUGAAAUAUUUCAGACGAAUUUAGGUGGGCGUGGAUGUUGUUAUGUUCCAAGAGAUACCAUCUCAGAUGGAGAUUUAAUAAGGAUAUUGAAAGUGUUCCAGGAUCCAGUGACUGUCCAAGAGAUCGACGCUGUCUUGCUGCCUGAAAAGUCCCAUUUGCAAUGGAGUGAUUCAGAAUAA